AUAUUCGCGUUUACAGUGUGCACACAAACAAACAAACUGCUACCCGAUCUAAAGGGGAACAAAAACAAACAAAAUCUCAAAUAUAAACAAAUGACUUCUUUACCAAGGGCUGUAUUCAUAUAACAUUGAUAGCAAUCAAACCAUGUCAAAUAGGAUUGUUUCACACUUAGAUAAAGAGAACGCAGUUGGACGUAUUCUGAAGGUGGAAGGGAAAACAUUUUCCAACAAUGCUCCAUUAUCAGGAGAUUCGUUAAAGGGAAACAAUUUGAAACAAGAUAAGUUUCCAAAGAAGUUUACAAGAGUCCCCUUAGGUGGUAAGAGUAAUAAUCAGGCCAUCCCAUCGUUUGAUAAAUCGCAUUCUACAUUAUCCAUUACUGAUAAGAAGAACUUGAUUAGAAGAGUUCCAUUAGCAAAAGCUCCAUUAUUAUCCAAAGCCAACUCAAGUUUGGGUUUUCUGCAUCCAUUAAAGGAAUAUAAAGUUAUAGAUCCUAAGUUAAAUACAUAUUCAAAAAUAGAUGAUAAAGUGGUUUUAAAGAAGCUUAAUAAUGAAUUAACAUCACCAUCAUUAAAUUCCGUUACUACCUUUACCGAUGAGGUGGUUAAGAAAGAGAAUUUACCAACUCAUCAGCAUAUACCCAAUAUUACAUCUACUUUAAGUUCAAAUACAAGCAAGUUAAAUUCCACAAAUAGAAUCAAUAAUGAUAUAAAUUAUAAUAAUGUGGAUCCCAUCAAAAAGAGUCAUAAACCAUCGUUGUCGUUACCAGCGGUUUUCCCUGAUUAUAUUGAAACUAUACCUCAAAAGCAUGCUCCACUUCCAAGUUAUCCUGUCGGGAUGGAGCCAUUAGAUCAACAAGAUUUGGAUUUCUUUUCUAAACCUUCUCGUUCUGAAAUUACAAAUGAAAAUCGUCAAGAUUAUCCUGAAUUACUUCAUAAUGAAGACCAAUUGAAAUUUGUGGAAUUGAAUCUUGAUUCCAAUCUCAGUUUUGAUUCGUUUGAACAAAACAUUUCUGAUGCUGAUGUUGAUUUACAAAAAGACACUGGUAUGUCUUUAGGAUUAUCUACAAAAGAGUUGGAAGAUUUAUUGGAUUAAAAUUGUCUUUUUUUUAAAAAAAAAUAAAAAGACUAUGGUAUAUAUAU